GCUGUUGAGAUCCCCCGAGUGCACCCCACAUUCUCACGACGUCUGCACUCCCAGUUGCAACGUACAAAUAUUUUUGUGAAUGACGUUUAGUCGCUGGUGAAUGUAUUUUUGUGGUUAUUAUUCAAUGUAAUUACUCCAAAUUAUUUUAUUCGUAAGCGGGACACAAGAGCAAUUGUCACAUAAUGGAGGAGAUAUUUCAUGAAAAGCAAGAGGGAUAUCUGUGUGGCCAACAUUGCUUGAAUUCCCUUCUUCAAGGGUCAUAUUUCAAUGCUGUAGACCUGGGGUGUCUUGCCAGGCAGCUGGAUGACGAGGAGGAAGCGAGAAUGGCUGAAGCUGGUAUAGACAGUGAAGAUUAUAAAAGAUUCAGAGAACAACCUUCUGGCAAUGUGGACGACAGUGGAUAUUUUUCAGUUCAAGUGAUAAGUAGUGCCCUCAAAGUUUGGGGACUGGAGUUAGUACCAUACAACAGCAGAGAGCCCAUAGCUAUUAUCGCACAGAAUGAUCCUACACAAAUGCAGGCAUAUAUAUGCAACUACAAGGGCCACUGGUUUACCAUUCGUAAAAUUGGAAAUCAGUGGUUUAAUCUCAACUCGAUAUUAAGUGGUCCUCAGCUUCUAUCUAACACCUACUUGGCAAUGUAUUUUGCACAAUUGUUACAAGAGGGAUACUCAAUAUUUAUCGUCAUUGGACAAUUGCCAGAGUGUAAGGCUGACGAGAUACUACUGAAGAAUCCAGUAAAAAUUACCCAAAAAUCCGGAAAAACAAGUACUGAUGAGACUAAAGUAUUUGAGUCCACGGGUCAUAGAUUGGGGACGAUGGAAGAGGACGAGGAGGCGAAAAUACGAGAGGCUGUGGCAGGAUUGGAGGCAGUUAGAGUACCAUCGAGUUCAAGUGCAGUUGGAAGCACAGUUAAACCAUUAGGCAAGCCACGAGAGAGGAUAAUACCAAUUGAGAUUGAGGGGGAUGAGAAGGACGAGAAUGAUGACGAAGAUCUGCAGAGAGCACUGCAGCUCAGUCUUCAGGAUGUUAAUGAGACGACAGACAAACCCCUUAAACUACGACUCGAUUUAGAUUCAAACAAAUCCGAGAGGUUCUAUGAAACGAUAGAGGAGGAGUCUGACGAUGAUGACGAGUUAAGAAGGGCCCUUCAGUUGAGCCUCGAGUGCGUUACAGCACCACCCACUCCAGACCCUGAGGAUGUGCGCUGGAAACGCCUGAGAUACCUGGGAAUUCAUCAGCCCAACAACGAGCCCUCGACUCAGUUAAAUACUUAACAGUGAGACGAUAGCUGGUGGUUACAUUUUCUCUUGAAUUUUAUUCUUUUUAUAUCUCAUCCUUGAAUCAACUUUUAAAAACCACUAUCGUGAUUAUCUUUGAUUCCAAUGGAAUUGUAGAAAAGAUUAUGAAUAUUUUUUUGAUUGAAAACUCUAUAAUCGUGUGUUUGAAAUAAAUUUCUAUAUUCAUUUUAAUGAUUAAUAA